AUGCCUCUGAGGAACGCUCGCUCUCUUGAUAGCGCAGCGGGUGGCUGUGGCAAGCGCUCUUCAGAAGUAAUAGGGAGUCUCGCCUGGUCGGGUCUCAAUUUUUUGCGCGUCUAUGAAACACUCUACCAAGUGGCUUUUCCCGUUACCUUCCUCCAUCUCUCACACAUACAGACUUCCCUUUUUGUUUCUUGCCCUCUUUUUCCUGCUACCCGUGCCCAAUGCAACACUCCUACCCACGGCCAGGGUUAUACCCCUGCCGUGCCCCGUGUCAGGCGUUCCCUGCCCAUUCCCGGUCUGGCAUCCCUGCCGCCACCGCUGCGCGUUUCUGCUUUAAACCCAGAUUCAGAAGAGGAAAUGAAAGCAUUAGAAGCAGAUUUAUUGACCAAUAUGUACACAUCAAAGAUUAACAGAGCAAAACUUCCUUACUGGAAAAUGACCCUGCUAAAUGUCUGCAAUCUUGUCAACAAGAUAAACAACCAAAUGGGGGAAACAGUAGAGGUAGAUGAGGAGGAGCUGGUUCCAGGAAGACAGUUCCCUGCUGCUCUGGAUGGCUUCAGCUUGGAAGCAAUGCUGACAGUAUAUCAACUCCAAAAAGUUUGCCACAGCAGAGCCUUUCAGCAUUGGGAGUUACUUCAGCAAGAUACUUUUGAUCUAGAGAACUCAAGCCAAGAAAAGGAAAUCAUGAAGAGAAAAAAUCCCUAUAUUCUGAAACGGCAGCUACAUGUGAACAAAGCUAGAAGACCAUACAUACUCAAGAGAAGUUCAUAUUACUGAUGCAGCAGAAGAAAACAAUGUAUAUUUAGUUUAUAGGUAACUGUGCGUUAUGGUUAUCUUAUCUAAAUCUAAAAUCAUACUUGUGUGAAAAUAUACUCUGGAAGAUCAAGAUGAUAACAUAGCUGUGUCUUUUUUGCAAUUGCUGUUUCUUGAUUGUGAAUUUUUCCUACUUGAGACUAAUUGGACUAAUACAUUUGCGAAUAAAACUAGUUUUUAAGCAUGA